AAACGGACAUUUCCGUUGUGGACGGGUUCUGAGAUCCUGCCGCUGUCUUCGCCAGCGUUAGCGAAUGGAGGGGUUAUAAAUUACCUGGAACAGCAACAUUUUGCGUUUGACCUUAUCUGUUUACCCGUAAGAUGAGGAAAUAACACAGUCAGUUGAACACACGUGACUACAGCCUUACAGGAGGCUCAUGACAGCUCUCUGUUGCUUGGCAUGAACCAGUAUCAACAGCAGACCAGCAGAUCCAACCUGUACACUGGUGCCAAAGCUGAGGCCUCUUCAACCCCCCCCCUCACCACCAGCAUGGCAAACAGCACUGCUGUCCCGGGAAAGGUUUUGGGCACACCUGGGCCUGCUGGCAGACUGAGUCCAGAGGGAACACAAGUGCUCAGUAAGAAGAAACUGCAAGACCUUGUAAGGGAGAUUGACCCCAACGAGCAGCUUGAUGAGGAUGUUGAGGAGAUGUUGCUGCAGGUUGCUGAUGACUUCAUAGAAAGUGUGGUGACCGCUGCCUGCCAGCUCGCCCGGCACAGGAAGUCUAACACCUUGGAAGUAAAGGACGUCCAGUUGCACCUUGAACGCCAGUGGAACAUGUGGAUCCCUGGCUUUGGAUCAGAUGAAAUCCGACCAUACAAGAAGGCGUGUACCACAGAAGCGCACAAACAGCGAAUGGCACUGAUCCGUAAGACGACCAAAAAGUAGCAGGAUUGAGAAGACCAAGAAAUUUUUCACUCGUUUUUGCUUUUUUGGUUUAUGGGAAGAACAUGUGACCUUUUGAAAGUUUUGCAGUUGAUGGGCAGCAGGCCUCCAUAUCGAACUGAUAGAGGCACAUUUGUCAGACAAGUGCUUCUAUAUGUUUUUUUUUUCUUUUCUUUUUUAACUUUUGCUUUGAUGCUGUUAUUUGGCUGUUAUUAGUAUGCUUUGUGCUUGCUGUGAUUAAUGUAGGCUUUGCUAUUUUAUGCCUAAAUGCUGCAAUUAAAUAUCUUAAAUUUUGCAUAAAAUACAUGAAGAUCAGAUCGGAUCACUCACUGUGGGCAUUUACUUUUUACAGCAGCCGCUUUGAAAAUAUGUAUAAAUUAUAAAUAUAGUUGCAUAUUUAUCAAGUACAGCCUUUUAUUUGUUCCUUUAGAAUCUGUUGGUUUGAUCAUUUCUUGGGAGAAUUUUGAAACAGAUUAAUUUGUGAUCUAUGGUGUAAAUAUCCUGUAGUGGUGAAUAGUACUGGGCGUGCUGUGACACUUGCCCUUGUUAUCUAAUAAAUACGCAUAGUCCCACUUUUCCACAGGUCAUGAUUUUGACAGGAAAUGUGGUUAGCUUAGUCAUUUUAUGUGGCACAAAACACUAAGGAUUGUGCAGUCAACAUUUUGUCAGGUUCCUUCAAGUAUACUUUAUCUGCAACAUCUUUGAAUUUUGAAAUUAAUUUUUCACUGUUACUCUCUCCAUGUUGGACUGUUUGCAUCUAUAUUUAAGGUAAUAAAUAUAGAAUUUAUUCAGCUGUAA